CGCGCUAUUGUCCCGUUGCCGGCCAACACGAACCGGGUCCGUGUCCCAGAGGCUCUACCGCACACCAUGUCGCCGUUUCCCCCGCUUCCCGUUUGUGCUUUCGUGCUGGAUCCGAAAGCGCGUCUCCGCUGAAUGUCUGGGAACCGGCGACGCGCACCGACCGCCACGGUCUUGUCAAACUUAGCGGUGUUUUUGUUCCCUGGAGCCGCGAGGAGUAGCGGGAGCAGCGGGAACGGCGGGGCGGCCGGGAGGGACGGGCUCCUCCGCCUCACUCCACACUCGCUCCAAGAGACAUUUAAAUGGACGUUCAAUAUUUCAUUAGGCGUUUAAACUCCACAGUGAAGUUUGUGUUCGUGUCGUGUGACACGUUGGGAUCAAAGGAAAAUCUCCUGGUGGAACCCAAAAGAGGGCAACAAGUUGCUUUCACAUGCAAGUGACCGGUGAGCUGAGUACCUGUGAUGGAAAAAGAGGAGAACUUCUGGCACUUGUUUUGCUGACAGCUGGGAUUUUAAGCAGAGUGUACUCUUGACCCCGUUGCCCCAGUCUCCAAAGUGCCACAAUGGCAAGCCUGGGAUUCAACGAGAGCGGCCUGGAGGACUGUGGCAUUGAUGACUCGUUCAAGUACAACCUGUACGGUGUGGUAUACAGUGUGGUCUUUGUGUUGGGGCUGAUCACCAACUGCGCCUCCCUCUUCGUUUUCUGCUUCCGCAUGAAGCUGCGCAAUGAGACCACGCUUUUCAUGACCAACCUGGCCCUGUCAGACUUAGUCUUUGUGUUCACGCUGCCUUUCAAAAUCUUCUACAAUGUGAACCGACACUGGCCAUUUGGGGACUGGCUGUGCAAGGUGUCAGGCACUGCCUUCAUCACCAACAUCUACGGCAGCAUGCUCUUCCUUACGUGCAUCAGCGUGGACCGUUUCUUGGCCAUUGUCUACCCUUUCCGCUCACGCUCGGUGCGCACACGUCGCAAUGCGGCUUUGGUCUGCGCUGCAGUCUGGCUCCUGAUCCUAGGAGGGGGCAUCUCCGUCACUUUCUUCUCCACUAUCAACCGUGCCAAUUCUAGCACGACCUGCUUUGAGGGGUUCUCUAAGAAAACUUGGAAGACCUACCUCUCCAAGAUCACCAUCUUCAUUGAGGUGGUGGGGUUCCUCAUUCCGCUGCUACUCAACUUAACUUGCUCAUCGAUGGUGCUGCGGACACUGCGCAAGCCAGCCACGCUCUGCCAGAUUGGCACCAACAAGGAGAGAGUGUUGCGCAUGAUUGUGGUGCACGUUGCCAUCUUCGUGGUUUGCUUUGUGCCAUACAACUCCAUCCUCUUCUUGUACGCCAUGGUGCGCACACAGGCGCUAGCAAGCUGUGGCCUCGAGCGCUUUGCCCGUACGCUCUAUCCCAUCACUCUCUGCGUGGCCACGUUCAACUGCUGCUUUGAUCCAGUUGUCUACUAUUUCACCUCUGAGUCCUUCCAGAAGUCUCUGAGCACUGGCAAAGCCCAAGCCAAGCAGGACAGUGUGAUGCGCACUGAGGUCCCACUCUCCACCAAGGACACUAGUGACAUUGAGCCAACGGAGACUCACACCCCGGCGAGCAACGGCAAGGAGCUGGUAUCUGAGACUCACUUCUGAGUAUGGAGAGCUGCUGGUUGAGGAUCAAGGUGAAGCAGGAGAAGGGACCAUCUCCUCACAGUUACCUCCUCAUUGCCUCCAUUCUGUUGAUUUUGAAGAGAUCAGUGGUUUUUCUUCUAAGUGUCAUAGGCAUGUUGAGGAGAAGAACGCUGAAGUCCCGAUGCACUGAUUAUUGAGGACUAGGUUAUACAGGAAGGAAAUGGAAAUAAUCAGUAUUAUUGCAGUAAUACUGUAACUCCACUGUGUGCUUUUUGUGACCAGGUGUUGAGCCUGUCCAGUGCUUCUGUUUAAAUAGUUCACAGUUCUUGGAAAACGCAACACAAACAAGUGGCGUGACCUUGAUGAGAGGAAAGAGUAGUUUUACUUUAGACUUGGGCACUCCCUCAGAGAAGAAAAGGUCAGUUCAUGGCGAAGACACAGAUGGUCUGCACAGGGUACCUCAAAUGAUUCUUGUCUGAUGCUGUAAAAUGCUGUAAUGGUCCCAUUUUGUGAAUGAAUGGUUGUGAAGCCAUGUUUUUGUGAGGUCACCUUCCUGCUUCUGUGUCUUUCUGUGUGUUCCGGGUCCUGUCGCUGUUCCCGUUGGCCAUCUUCUCUACAGUGAGCGUUCUCUCGCUGAGCAGAGCGCCGAGGUGCCUCUUUGAACUUAGCAGAACACUGUAAGGGCCAUUGUUCACUUAUUGUAUAAAUCUGCAUUCCUACCAUCAAUACUGUAAACAGGGCACUGUGUGCCUGUGGUGGAGCAGGAUUUGUGUUUGAACAAUUCCUUCUUUUGAAAUUCACACAUCUAAAUAGUUUGUUUGCACAAUCUUAAUCUCCUUACUCCCUCUUAAUCUAACUUGCAUGUACACACAUACAAACACUUGGAGAAGUACACACAUACUGACAGUGGAUUGCAGUUGUUUUCACAGAAAGAUGCAAUUUCUGUGCUGCCUUCUAAUGACAUUUGGUAUGCUGUUAAUACGGAAAGAUACAGAUGAGCAGGAGUAUCUGUGCUGGAAUGAGUAGAGAUUUAUUGCAACGUGCAAAUUUAAAAGAGUUGGUAGUAAUGAACAAGUGUCUAUUGUUACCAGCAGAGCACUUUUAUACGUGGAAAUGUGUGAAUGUCUGCCUUAUAGGCUGUUGGAAGAGAGGUAAUUAAAAAACACCUUCCAUAAACACAAACAGUGGUGUCCAGUAGUUCAUGUUUGUCCAGUUUUCUAAGACCUCUGGCUCAGUGGAAACACAUGUUUAAGGGACAGGUUGGAACACAGUAUUAAUUUUAUUAAUUCAGCGGUUCAUGGUUUUGCAGUGUUCAAGGAUGGAAUUAAUGGGGAGUAAUGUGCAUGCUUUAAAAAAUGGUGCGGAAUUCAGAGUUCUGAACGUUUCCUCGGAGUGUGUGCACGUAUGUUUUGUGCUGUUGAGUCUUCUGCUGAGUUUGUGUUCAUAUUUUAUUGGACCGAAGAUGGAAUAAAUCGUUUUGCUUCACUGCAACUCUGGCUCGUCAAGCUUCAUUCACAAGCCGAUUCGCAAACACACGGUCUUAUGUGUUUACUUUCCGAUUAUUGAGCAGCUGGGCUGCCAGAAUGAGCUCUUUGAGGACCAGUACAAGCGUGUCCCGUCCUCGCCUGGAAGCAACCAUGGAUUGGUUGUAUAAGCUUGAUUGGAAUUUUGAAGUUCCUUACCCAGAAACUUGUUGAGGUGCUAUACUGGGCACUCCCAGAAACCACAGGAUGGUACUUCUCACAUUGGUGCCAGCUGAGACCUUGAUUUCAAGGAGCUGCCCUCUGUUGUGUGAUGCACCCUAACUGUAGAUACAUGUCUCCCACUAUUAGGAA